GGGGCUAAGCCGGGCUGGUCCCCGCGCAGACAAAGCGGUGGCAAAGCCACCAGCGGGUGACACGGGCUGCGGGAGCCGCCGGGACCGCCAGCGGGACGAUGGCUUCCAUCGAGGAGCGCACCUUCAUCGCCAUCAAGCCCGACGGCGUCCAGAGGGGGCUGAUCGGGGAGAUCAUCAAGCGCUUCGAGCAGAAAGGAUUCAAACUAGUGGCCAUGAAAUUAAUACAUGCCUCUGAAGACCUUCUGAGAGAACACUACAUCGACCUCAAGGACCGGCCCUUCUAUGAUGGGCUGGUGCAGUACAUGCACUCGGGACCUGUUGUGGCCAUGGUGUGGGAAGGUCUUAACGUGAUUAAGACAGGAAGGGUGAUGCUGGGAGAAACUAAUCCAUUCGAUUCCAAGCCUGGCACUAUUCGUGGUGACUUCUGUGUUCAAGUUGGAAGGAACAUCAUUCACGGAAGUGAUUCUGUGGAAAGUGCUGAGACGGAGAUCAAUUUAUGGUUCACUCCUGAAGAACUGGUUGAUUACCGAAGCUGCGCUCAUGAGUGGAUCUAUGACUGAGCCUGCAUCCUCUGAUAUCCCUACAGCCCCUGAGCAGCUGCCAGCCUUUAGCUAUUCCAAAGCCCUGGUAGAAACCUCAGAAAUCUGUGAGAUUGCUCUGUUGUUGUGAACGUUAAGUAGAGUCAGUGUUUACUGCUGCUUUGAUUUAAAAGCUGUGAAGUUAUAGAUGGAAUUGUACUUUUAAAAGAAGCUGCUUCUGGGGUUGAGAGAUAUGAGAUUAAAACACAGAGCAUAUGAAAAAGAUAUAUUUUCCUGGAACACUUUAUAGCCAUAGAGAGUAUUUUGGUAAAUAGAAAAAAAAAUUUUUUUUUGUUAAAAAAUUAUCCAAUAAUUCAACAUGUAAAUGGCUUGGUGUUAGCAGUUAACUUUAUUUAAAUGUUAAAGGACAGCUGGUAGUAUGUGAGUAUAUUGCUAACAUGUCCAGAUGCUGAGGACUGAAUUUGAUAUCGUGUGUGCCCCAUACCCAAAACAGCUGCAGAAAAAAAAACCUGUUUCUCCCCCCAAAACGCUCUGUGCCCAUACACAGAGCUCAGCUCUGAUUAACAUAACAACUGUCCUCCACACUAACGCUGUUUUAACUUGCUUUUUCCACCCCACACCCCCCCCACAUGGGAUUUAUUUAGCAUUUUAAGGAAAGAUUAACCAGCCAGGGUUUAUGAAAUGCCCUUUUAUGUAAAAAGAAGAUUAAUGUGAGGAUGGAUGAGGGAGAUCUACCUUCAACCCCUUCACUGCAGCAGCCCCCUGGCACUGCACAGAGCAAUAAGUGAUGUUUGCUUUGCUGGCUGAACAGCUGAUAAUUUAGGGUCUGAUAAUUUAGGUUUGUUCUCAUUCGUGUCCUUUCCGUAGUAGUUGGAACUACAAAGCAAACUGUCCUUGGAUGAAAUGUCUCAGAAGUGACUUUGGCAAUAUUGUUUUGAAUUAAUUUAAUGAUGUAAAGAAGCACAGUCAUAAUAAUGCUGAAAGUAUUUCAGUAGAGGUGUCUGCUUCUAUCAGAGAAAAACGUCGUCCUCUUGCAGAACUUUUAACAACAGAGGUUGUACUGGAUGAGGAGGAGUUGGAAUUGAUAUUAUGUAUUUAUUUACCUGCAACAUUAUAUUCACUAAGAGCAAGUGUUUCAUGGAAUUAGUUGUUCGAAUCCCAUGAUUUUUUUCCCUGUGGUGAGUUUCAAAUAAUGAACUGUGCAAUGUAUGUUGGACUAAAAAAGAGAUGGUACAAAACGAAACAUCUGCUGUUUCUUAAGUGAAAUAAAAAGAUAUUUUAAUUA